AUGCUGAAGUACCUGCUGCUCGUCGCUUUCGCCGCCGUCGUUGUCAUUGCCCAACGCGGCCACGACCCGUGCCACGACUGCGACUUCAUCAUCCGCCAAGCCGAGCACCACUUCCACAACAACAUCACCGACAAGACGGCGCUGAAGCAGGAGCUGCUCGUCGAGUGCCAAUGGCUUGGUCGCCGGGAGGGACAGCAGGCUGCUGCUCACUGCACUGAUGUUGUUAACAAGCAGAUCGACAAGAUCUUCGCCGACCUCCAGGCCGGUGACCGUAUCUGGCAGACAUGCGAAGACAUCGGCGAGUGCCAGCCUCACACCGGCGGAACCCGCCCGAUUCCCGCCUCAACUCCUCAGGCCCCCAGGCAGAUGAAGCAGCGCCAC